AUGAGCUCUCAAGAGGCAGAUAUCACUCUUCCGACCGGAAAAAAAAUUAAAGUUCCCACCGGCUUGUUCAUUAACAACGAGUUCGUGAAUUCCGUCGACAACAAAUUUUUCGAAACCAUCAACCCUGCCAGUGGCAAAGUUAUCACCACCGUAGCCGAAGCAUCAGAGAGGGACGUUGACAUAGCAGUUGAAGCAGCCGUCGAGGCUUUCAAGGAGUGGCGAUGCGUCAGUCCAAGUGAACGCGGUCGGUUGAUCAAUAAAUUGGCGGAUCUGAUGGAACGCGAUCUGGAUGACUUGGCAGCGUUGGAGGCGUUGAAUAGCGGGAAAGUUUAUCAAGAAUGCAAGAAGAAUGACAUUAUAUCUGCGAUUUCGUGCUAUAGGUAUUAUGCCGGUUGGAGUGAUAAGAUUCAUGGAAAGACCGUUGACACGAUGCAUGAUGAAUUCGCUUACAUCCGUCGCGAACCUGUCGGCGUUUGUGGUGUCAUAAUUCCUUGGAAUUUUCCGCUAAUCACGCAGGCGUGGAAACUAGCUCCGGCCUUGGCAUGCGGCAACACGGUCGUAUUCAAAUCGUCCGAGUUUACGCCUUUGACAGCUCUGAAAGCCUCUGCUUUAUUUAAAGAAGCUGGAUUCCCCAAGGGCGUUGUCAAUGUUGUGAAUGGAUUCGGUGAUCCUACCGGAAUCGCUAUCUCGCGUCAUAUGAAAGUCGAUAAGAUUACUUUCACCGGUUCCACGGCCACGGGAAGACUCAUUUUAAAGGCAUCGGCUGAAAGCAACAUGAAAAAAGUGUCUCUUGAAUUGGGCGGAAAAUCUCCAAACAUCAUAUUCGCUGAUUCUGAUCUUGACCAGGCCGUGAAGUGGGCUCACAUGGGCAUCUUCUAUAACCACGGUCAAUGUUGUUGUGCUGGCUCAAGGGUCUACGUGGAAGAUAAGGCGUACGAUGAAUUUCUCAAGAAAUUUAAGGAGCACACCGAGAAAAUUAAGAUUGGAGAUCCAUUUGAUGACGACACUUACCAAGGACCACAAAUUUCCAAGCAGCAAUUCGAUAACAAAAUUCUUCAUCUGUUAAGAAUAAUGUCAUAUAUUGAAACUGGCAAGAAAGAAGGUGCCAAGUGUUUAACCGGGGGUGAAAGACACGGCAAUCAGGGUUACUUCAUAAAACCCACCAUUUUCACCGAUGUGAACGAGAAAAUGACCAUAAUGCAGGAAGAAAUUUUCGGCCCGGUGGUAGCAAUCGCAAAAUUCAGUUCGAUCGAGGAAGUUGUCGAGAAAGCGAAUCUGACAAAAUACGGUUUGGCCGCUGCCGUGUUUACCAACGACAUCACUCGUGCGUUUAGAAUUUCCAACGAAUUGAAGGCCGGUACCGUUUGGGUCAAUUGCUAUAAUUUGUUCGAUUCUAACACCCCGUUCGGAGGAUAUAAAGAAUCUGGGGUUGGCAGGGAUCUCGGGAAGUAUGCAUUAAACGAGUACACCCAGAUCAAGACUGUUCACAUCAACUUGGGCGUAAAGAUGUGA